AUAGGAAUGUACAAAAAUUAUGUAUAUUGCCAAGUUAGGGACUGAAUGAUGCAUGUUGUUGCCCUUAAGCUAUGAUGAGGGCACCAAAAUGUUGGUUAUGGGUCAGUGUAGUCCAAUGGUGAAGGGAUACCCCACUGGUUUCAGUGAUCAAUCAAAACUUUUAAAAGCAAUCCCAACACAUUACCCCUUAUCUUCCAUUUUUUAUCACUUUCCUGCCAUUUGAAAUCUCAUCCUCCUACAGCUUUCUCUCUUCCCAAACAGCUCUCAUUCAAAGUUUCCACUCAUUUCCAUGCUAAAGAGAUGAAAGGCAUGCAGGGAAGAAGAGGGUUUCUAAAGAAAUUCAAAUUCAACCCUACAAAGAUCAACACUUUGAAACAAGGCUCAGUCUUUCAUCAACGCACUUUCUCCCACCAAAACUGCAAAACCAACAACGUUAAAGAUCGAAAAGAACCCGAAUUCGAUGUCGAACAUCCGUGUUUGACGGAUUUUGAAGAGAAAUGUCCACGGGGUGGUGAGAAUGCAGUCGUUUUCUACACGACAAGCAUGAGAGUGAUCCGGAAAACAUUCGAAGACUGCAGCAGAAUAAGGUUUCUUUUGGACAGUUUCAAGGUAUCAGUCCACGAGAGAGAUGUUUCGAUGGACAAGGGAUUCAGGGAAGAGUUAUGGAUCAUGUUGGGCGGUCGUGUCAUCCCUCCCAAGCUCUUCAUCAAAGGCCUAUACAUCGGUGGAGCCGACGAGGUCGUCGGACUUCACGAGCAACGGAAGCUGAAGAAGCUGUUGGAAGAGAUACCUUCAAGUGGCAAUGUCGCCAACAACGUGUGCAGUUGUUGUGGCAAUCUGAGGUUCUUGAUUUGCUCCAACUGCAAUGGCAGCCGCAAGAUUUAUGAAGAAAAAGGCUGUGAUGAUGAUGAUGAUCAUCAUCAUCAUCAUGAGUUUUGCAUUAAGAGAUGCAAUGAUUGUAAUGAAAACGGAUUGAUUAAAUGUCUGUCCUGCUGCUGAAAAUUGCAUGCUGGUGUUUCUUGAGUCCUUAAUUCAGUGAUUUGUAGAGGAACAAAA